ACCAGAAUCCUGAUGAGCUACAGAAUAGAAGUUAAUCUUAACAACAACAACAUGAGUCAUUCAAUGGUAUUCGUUUUGCUGUUCGUCAUAAACUCGGCUGUAUGUGCGCCAAUCUCACUGAAAAAUCUUGAUAAAUUGUUAGCUGACGUAGAAAUGCUAGCCAAUGGACACGGCCAACGCUUGACGAGUGGAGACGCCCAACGCUUGACGAGUGGAGACGCCCAACGCUUGACGGGUGGAGACGCCCAACGCUUGACGAGUGGAGACGCCCAACGCUUGGCGAGUGGAGACGCCCAACGCUUGACGAGUGGAGACGCGCAACGCUUGACGAGUGGAGACGCGCAACGCGUGACGAGUGGAGACGCGCAACGCGUGACGAGUGGAGACGCGCAACGCUUGACGAGUGGAGACGCGCAACGCUUGACGAGUGGAGACGCGCAACGCUUGACGAGUGGAGACGCGCAACGCUUGACGAGUGGAGACGCGCAACGCUUGACGAGUGGAGACGCGCAACGCUUGAGGAGUAGAGACGCGCAACGCUUGUCGAGUGGAGACGCGCAACGCUUGUCGAGUGGAGACGCGCAACGCUUGUCGAGUGGAGACGCGCAACGCUUGUCGAGUGGAGACGCGCAACGCUUGUCGAGUGGAGACGCGCAACGCUUGUCGAGUGGAGAUGCCCAACCGCCGAUAUGUUCAAAUAAUAUUGAAGUUGUAUUAAAUGGAAAGAAAGUUUACAGUUCUUGUUUGUACAUGUAGUCUAAGUAAAUAAUAUUCAGUUGA